AUGUCAGGAAAAGGAAAAGUACAUGGAGGGAAAGGGAAAUCCUCUGAAAUUUCAAAAUCAUCAACAUCACAUUCAGCAAGAGCUGGUUUACAAUUUCCUGUUGGUAGAGUUAAAAGAUAUUUGAAAAGAAAUGCUCAAAAUAAAAUUAGAGUUGGUUCAAAAGCUGCUAUAUAUUUAACUGCUGUAUUAGAAUAUUUAACUGCUGAAGUAUUAGAAUUAGCUGGUAAUGCUGCAAAAGAUUUAAAAGUUAAAAGAAUAACUCCAAGACAUUUACAAUUGGCAAUAAGAGGUGAUGAAGAAUUAGAUAAUUUAAUUAAAGCUACUAUUGCAUUUGGUGGUGUUUUACCUCAUAUUAAUAAAGCUUUAUUAUUAAAAGUUGAAAAAAAGAAAAAUCAAAAAUAA